AUGGAUCAACAAUGGAAAUCAGAUAGGCAAAAGAAGACUACAAGGGAUACAAGCGGAGCUUCCGAAGAUAUAUUAUCAUCAAUCCUAUCCCAACUCCAAUACCCCAUCUCCAAACCCACCAGCAAGUACGGCCUCCGCUUAGCCACCUCCAACUACAAAAUCCAGCACAAAACUCACAAACUAACCAAAAUGUUGAAAGUAGGGAUAGGAGAGAGAGGUGAAGGAGGAGAGAAGGAAGGAUUUGAGCAGAGGAUGGAAAUGAAUGGCACUAUCGAAGAAUACCAUAAGAUCGGAGUAGAGACUGUGGUCGACGAACAAGUGCCAAGUGAGAGCAGCAGCCAUGAAGAAGAACAGGAGCAGGAAGAAGACAAGAGUAAUGAGGAGACAGAGAGCGAGAAGGAAAGUCUGGAGCAGGAGAAGGAGAAGGAGAAACCAUUGGAGAGGAGGAAGAGGAAGGUGGAGUAUGUUAAGUUUGAAGUACAAAGGGAUACACCAAUGGGAAAGUGAGUUUCAAGGGAUAGAUUGGUAGAGAUGAAUGCACCCAAGGUUUAUAGUCCUCCUGUUGGGUAUUAUUCACCGAAUUUUAUUGGGAAGAAUAGAGCUGUUAAAAUUUAUCCAGAUCGUUCACAGGUAAAAAAAAUUGAACAAAAUUUUGAAGAUUCUCAGGAUUUCAGAAAGACAUGCAAUAGGUUUCUUCAAAAACAGAGUUUAUUUAAUAUACAAACUGGAACAAUCAAAAAAACCUCUUUUAGAACAACAAGAAAAAUCAAAUUUGACAAAAGUCUUACAAAAACAUCAAACAAAAGUCUAUCUCGAUUACACAAAAGUACUCAUGAAACUAUACUCAGAAGAAAAUCCUUAGAUAACCUCAAAAACAAAAACUCUCAAAUUCACUCACAAAGAUUCCACAGAUCUAGCCAAGGAGGAAUCGAUUUCAAACGAAUGCUACAACGACCAAGCUUCAUCCAAAACUCUGAAACUCCUCACCCAGAACGCUUCUCCACCAGCCAAAUAAUCCCCCUAUCCUCCUCCAAGUACAAAUCCCCCAAGAACACCAUCAUGCACAAACUCCUCGGCACCUCUUCCUACUCCAACGACCGGUAUUCACCCCUACACAGACCAGCCAGGCUCCGUUCUACUCUCCUAAAAUAGACUACUUGUUCCAGAAGAGCCCUUCUGUAAAGUUCAGUCAUAAAGGAAUUCACCAGUUCUUAUAGAAGAGAAGAGGGAUAGAUUGAGGGAGUUGAAGGAGAAGGUCAAGGUGUGGAAGAAAAGAGAGAAGAGGAAGGAAAUUGAAAAGAGAGAUAAGUUCAUAUUCUAACUUUGGAGUUACAAUUUCACAGGUGAGAAUUUUAAUGUGGCUAGUUUACUUUGAGAUCAUAUUGAUUUUUUAAACCUUUACGAGCUUAAAGAGAAUCACAGAGUGAAUCUUAAGGGGUUUCAAGCAACAUAAACUUUCAAUAAGAAAUUUU